AUGAUUUCUUUCCAUCGGAUUUGUCUUCUUUUAGUUCUCCUUGGCUCUACAGUAGAUGCCUUGCACAAAGUCAAGCCCUUGGCGGCAAUCUCAUCCCCUCAAGAGGAGACCCUUGACAAGCUAUCUCAAAUCCCAAGAGGAGGUGGGCGACGCCAACCAAAGAUUCAGGUCACCACCGAAGGAGCCUCCAUCCCCAGCCAUGUUUUCAAUCUAGUAAAAGCCAUCGUAGGUGUGGGAGUCUUGAGUCUUCCAGCUGGAAUUGCUGCUUUUGCUGACGAUCCAAAGGCUGUAAUCCCAGCAACCGCUCUCAUCAGUGUGAUUGGUAUCCUCAGUGGAUUUGGAUUCUUUUUGAUUGGGAAGGUCUGCGCUUACACUGGAGCGGUAUCUUAUCGCGAUGCCUGGAGCAAAUCAGUCGGUGAAAGCAGCAGCUGGAUUCCAGCAGCUUCAUGUACCAUCAAAACAAUGUUGGCCUGUUUAGCUUUCAGCAUGGUUUUGGGUGAUACCUUUGCAGCACUCCUAGGAACAGCUAGAAAUCCUACCCUUUUGGCAUUGACAGCAGCCGUUUUGUUGCCUCUAUGUCUGUUGAAAAACCUCAGUGCACUUGCUCCAUUCUCUCUACUUGGAGUUUUGGGAAUGGGGUACACUGCUGUUGCCAUGGGAAUUCGAUACUUUGAUGGAUCUUACAAGCCUGAAGGUUCUUUGGUCGGCGAUGUAGCCGAGAAGUUGCAACCCGCCUUUGGAAGCUACAAUGGCGUUUUGACCAGCAAGUCCCUCAUCUUGGUAUGCAUGCUAAGCACAGCUUUCAUGGCUCAUUUCAACGCACCCAAGUUCUACCGAGAGUUGAAGGAAAAUACUCUAAAGCGAUAUAAUUCGGUUGUCAGUUUGAGUUUUGGUAUCUCGAUUCUACUGAUGAGUGGAAUUACAAUGUUGGGAUUCCUUACUUUUGGAAAGAGCUGCUCUGGAUUGGUUCUAAAUAACUAUUCCACCAAGGAUGUCUUCAUGAGCGGAAGCCGUAUUGCAGUGGCCGUUUCUCUUGUCUUUUCCUACCCACUUGCCUUUACUGGUUGCCGUGAUGGCACCAUGGAUAUUUUGAAAAUUCCAGCUGAAAAGCGAAGUGCAUCAAUUCAAAACCUUCUGACUGUCGCCCUUUUGAGUCUCUUCACCGUCGGAGCAAUCAUUCUGAAGGAUGUCAGUUUCGUUCUUGCCUUUGGUGGGGCUACUCUUGGUAACCUUUUGACAUAUGUUUACCCCGCCCUCAUGUACCGAGCCGUAGUUCGACAACAGGGAAGAACUGAGGAGAAUGGUGCAGUCGCUGUCAGCUUGUUGUCUGCUUGUUUAGGAACCGUGAUGGGAAUCAUUGGAACAAAGAUGGCGAUCCAGAACAUUGCUUGA